AUGCAAGUCUACGCCUGGCAGUUGUCAAUUUUGUUCUUGGCAGGCGCGGUUCUCUGCAUGAUCUCAGGGAUGAUCUUCUUGGUUUGGAGUGCUGUUGCCGAAGAUGUUGGCAGAGGAAAGGGUUUCGAUGACAACGGCAAGCCGUCAUCUUCGGACUGGGCCAAACAACGCUGUACUACCCGGUUCCAAAAGGAGGCGACAUUGAUGAUUGAAGAUAGUGACUGA